UUCCCUGUGUGUGUGGACAGCGGUACAUUGACCCAUUUUCUACCAACUGCGCGUGGAAUGGAUGAGCGGCGCGUGGAGCGCGUGGAGCCCGCACUCCUCUCGGUGUGCGGGACACGCGCCGACACACUGCGCGCACCGCGAUGCUGGGACCAGAGUUGGUGAGUUCACGCAAUGAAUCCCGCCAACGAGACCAGAGCCGAGAGAAGUGCGGAGCGCCUCCUGUUCGCCGUGGGCACCUACAAACUUCUGGCUGUCACCAUCGGGACCAUCGGGCUGCUCGGCUUCUGUAACAACGCGGUCGUCAUCGUGCUCUUCUGCAAAUUCAAGCGGCUCCGCACGCCCACCAACCUGCUGCUGGUCAACAUCAGCCUGAGCGACUUUCUGGUGUCCGUCAUCGGGAUCAACUUCACGUUUGUUUCGUGCGUCAAAGGCGGAUGGGUCUGGAGCCAUGCGACGUGCGUGUGGGACGGUUUCAGCAACAGCCUGUUCGGAAUUGUUUCCAUCAUGACCCUGGCGGCCCUGGCCUACGAGCGCUACAUCCGGGUGGUCCACGCACAGGUGGUGGACUUCCCCUGGGCGUGGCGGGCCAUCGCCCACAUCUGGCUGUACUCCCUGGCCUGGACAGGGGCUCCUCUUCUGGGGUGGAACCGCUACACUCUGGAGAUCCACCAGCUGGGCUGUUCUCUGGACUGGGCAUCAAAGGACCCGAAUGACGCCUCCUUCAUCCUCUUGUUCCUCCUGGCCUGUUUCUUUGUGCCUGUGGGCAUCAUGAUCUACUGCUACGGCAACAUCCUCUAUACAGUGCAAAUGCUGCGCUCCAUCCAGGACCUCCAGACGGUUCAGAUCAUCAAGAUCCUGCGGUACGAGAAGAAGGUCGCCGUCAUGUUUCUCCUGAUGAUCUCCUGCUUUCUGGUGUGUUGGACACCCUACGCUGCUGUGUCCAUGAUGGAGGCCUUUGGCAGGAAGAGCAUGGUCUCUCCCACACUGGCCAUCAUCCCCUCGUUCUUUGCUAAGUCCAGCACUGCCUACAAUCCCCUCAUCUAUGUGUUCAUGAGCAGAAAGUUCCGCCGCUGUUUGCUGCAGUUGCUCUGCUCGCGCUUCUCUUGGCUGCAGCGCAGCCUCAAAGAGCGCCCCCUGGCUCCGGUCGAGCGUCCCAUCCGGCCAAUCGUUGUGUCCCGCGCUUGCAGGAGCAGAGACCGACCCAAAAAGAGGGUGACCUUCAACUCCUCCUCCAUCGUCUUCAUCAUCACCAGCAAUGACUUUCAGCACCUUGACGUGCCCUCCAAGUCUGGAGGAUCCUCCCAAGAGAACAUCAUUCAAGUGAGACCACUGUGAUCCACAAGGACCGGACUUUUGACCCCACCACUCAGUAUGCCUUAGGAUGUCUCAUGCAAUUCCAAGCCAAAAUAACCCUGUCUGACCUCCUUUCUAUAUCUAUACACAGUUACAGACUUGUUACCAGUUAACUGUAAAUAUCCAACUGUCAGGCCGAAAACUCAACCAAUUUCCCGACAGUCUAAGCAGGUAGUAUGAAAGUGUCCAACAUCAUCAAACAUCAUCAGCUGUGGUGACAUUAGUACAUAAUGUUGUAGUCAACAAUGAUGUUUCCCUUUAGAAAAAGAACCACAGCUCUUUGUUAAAUAUACCAUGCAGUGUAGAUGACAACUGUGGGACUGUGUUGAGCUGCCAGCUGAGUUAUGGACCAGUGCUUGGAUCAACACGUGAUAGUAGAUUGUUUUAGUUGGUACCCAACUGCAAGUGUGUAAAAUGGGAAAUAAGCCUUAGCCCCUUAGCCAUAUACCAUAGUACAAAAACUGACUUUACUAUGUAUGGAUUCAAUAAAGAGAUCAUAUUUUAGGCUAUC